CUUCUGCUCCCCCCCACUAUGUCUCUUUCAGGUUGGUGUCUCAGAUUUGACUGUUCGUCACUGUGAUAGACAUCAGGGACAGGCCACACUGCACACUUUGACCUGCUAAACCGUUUUCCAGCCACCAUGUCCAAACUAACAGCUAGCAUGCCCCCUCCAUAGUGUCUUUCUUCAUCUCCAUUCCAUUUCUUGUCCACCCCUGAUGCAGUAACGUCUGGUAGCAACACUAGUGGCCGACCCCUUCAAGCGUGAUGAGCAGCUUGCACCGGCAGCAUCAUGGCAGCACAGGCUCAGAACGAGAUCUUCACUCGGCUGCUUCCUCUGUUAGCCUCCCCUCAGUUAAAAAGACUCCCAAGAAACGUCGCCUUUCCCUCCAUUCACUCUUUGGUCGGCGACGACGCCCUGACCAUGAUUGCAAGCACAAGUCCAAGACCCUGCAUACUGCAGCUGGAGUGGAUGGCAUUGUCAGUACGGAAAGUGUCCAGUCAGAAACUUUCCAGGAUAAAACAUCUGCCCACUCUGCACAGGGCGUAGCAUCGACUUCGUCAGAAUCGGAAUCUUCAUCAGAGCUGCUUGAGUGUCCACUGUGCCUACUGCGUCACACACGAGACCGUUUCCCAGACAUCAUGACCUGUCACCACCGCUCAUGCAUAGACUGCUUGCGGCAAUAUCUGCGUAUUGAGAUUUCAGAGUCCCGCAUCAAUAUCAGCUGCCCAGAAUGUUCUGAGCGCUUUAAUCCCCACGAUAUCCAGAUGAUUCUGGGGGACCGAGCUCUCAUGGAGAAGUAUGAAGAGUUCAUGCUGAGAAGGUGGCUGGUUGCAGAACCUGACUGCCGCUGGUGCCCUGCCCCAGACUGUGGCUAUGCAGUCAUUGCAUUUGGUUGCGCCAGCUGCCCAAAGAUUACAUGUGGACGUGAUGGCUGUGGAACAGAGUUUUGCUACCACUGUAAACAGCUGUGGCAUCCCAACCAGACAUGUGACACUGCGCGCCAGCAAAGGGCCCAAACCUUCCGGCUCAGGAGUUUCAGGUCAUCUUCCCUUAGUUACAGCCAAGAAAGUGGAGCUGCAGGUGAUGACAUCAAGCCUUGUCCAAGGUGCUCUGCCUACAUCAUUAAGAUGAACGAUGGCAGCUGUAAUCACAUGACAUGUGCUGUUUGUGGCUGUGAGUUUUGUUGGCUCUGCAUGAAAGAGAUCUCUGACCUGCACUACCUAAGUCCUUCAGGCUGCACCUUCUGGGCAAGAAACUGGAGCAGAAAGAAGAAAAUUCUCUGGCAGCUGGGCACAUUAGUUGGUGCAACCGUAGGCAUUGCUCUGAUUGCCGGCAUUGCUAUCCCUGCAAUGAUCAUUGGCAUCCCUGUCUAUGUAGGCAGAAAGAUCCAUAAUCGCUAUGAGGGAAAAGACAUUUCUAAACACAAGCGGAACUUGAUAAUAACUGGUGGCGUGACAUUGUCUGUGAUUGUGUCACCUGUGGUUGCAGUGGUCACUGUGGGCAUUGGUGUUCCCAUCAUGCUGGCGUAUGUUUACGGGGUUGUUCCAAUCUCACUGUGCCGCAGUGGUGGCUGUGGAGUGUCUGCAGGCAAUGGCAAAGGGGUGCGAAUCGAGUUUGAUGAUGAAAAUGAUAACAUCGGUAGUGGAGCAGCAGCUACAGACACAACGUCUGUAGCAGAAACACGGCUCAACAAUCCCAGCCUCGGAGAUGGAGCGAGUGUGGGUGGCCUGACAGGCCUGAGCCUCAGUGUCAGUGGUAGCCACAUGGAGCGCUGUGGAAUGGGUUCCACUCAGCGCGACAACUUGAGUGACAACGCCAGUACCACAGCCCUCGCUGGGACCAGCAUCACUGGCAGCCUGUCUGGAAGCUGCUAUAACAGGAUGGAGGUGCAGGCUGACGUCCAGAAGGAGCGGUGCAGUCUGAGUGGAGAGUCGGCAACUGUCAGCCUGGGAACAAUCAGCGACAAUGCCAGUACAAAAGCCAUGGCAGGAUCCAUCCUCAAUGCUUACAUGCCGUUGGAAAGAGACAACAGUCUGGAAGUGCAGGCAGAUGUAGAGUCCAAACAGAAGGUGAGGCACGGCAGCGCCAGUAGCAGCCUGGAUGAAGCCAGUUGUAGCAGUGCUGGCCUGAAAGGAGCGAGCGGUGGCAUGUGCUUGUGCUCCUCCACCUGCUGCUAUGCACACCACGACAGCCAGUGCUGCCCGUCUUCUCCGUGGUCAAAGGAGCAACCGUCUAGCUCAUCCUCCUCAGGGGGCAAGAAGAGCAAAGGAAAGCUCUGGAAAAAGGCCGGCGGUAGCAGCAGUAAAGAUGAAAUGAAAAUUCAUGAGAUGCGAGAAGACAUUGAUGCUCAGCUCCUGGACCAGCGUAGCACCAACUCCUCAGAGUUUGAUUCACCAUCCUUAAGCGGCAGCCUGCCCUCAGUGGCCGACUCGCACUGUAGCCACUUCUCGUCAGAGCUCAGCUCCUCGGAUCCUGAAACCUUAAAACCAUCUCCACCCCUUCCGAUUAGCCCUUACCCUCAUACUAGCACUGCCUUUAAUGACGUCUCUGUCACACCGAUGCCUGAGGUGGAGGACGAGCGCUUGCAGCAUUACACAACUCAGAGUAACCGUACAGCCUUCACCCACCACACACUGUCCUCGUCUCCUCCUGCUUUUCCAGAAGAGGGCAGUGGAGGGACAUUUCUGCACAUCACCGAGGAGAGCGGAGACGAUGUCGAAGACGAGAACCUAAAAGAAGAGGCUAACAACACUGCACUCCAGCCUGUGAGCCCAGCUAGAAAGCACUGCAUACAGACCGAUAUCUAAACAAACUGUCUUCAUAUCUCUGGUAUCGGUUGCGUCACUGCUGCUAGCGCAGUUGCCUUUACAUCUAACUUCACUUCGAGUGGAGCAUGUAUUUUGGAAAAAUGUUGAUUAGUGUUAAAGCUAGUAUGAUUUCUAGUUCUAGUAAUCCUAGUUAUGAACUUUAUCUUCUGAGGAGUCAGACGUGUAUGAGUGUUCCAGUGUACAACGUAAGAAGGACAAAGUGCAAGUUGGAGCGAGAUUAUUGGGGAAGUAAACGGCGUUCAGUAAAGUGAUGGAAAAACUGGUGGUCAGACUUGUUGAACGUUUUUGGAGAGCUGCUAAACUUGAGUUUUCGGUGUCGUGAGACUCUGCAGAAUACUGAUGACCUGAUUUGUGUCUGUUCAGAAAGAUUGUUUUUCUUUUUCCCCUUCAGUCUCUGCACAAGAAUGAUUUUCCACUUCUACACCAGAUGCAUGGCAGUUCUUACUCUGUUGCUUACAGGCAGCACAACUGACAAAAGCAAGUAAAUAUCUGCUCCUCACUGUUGAAAUUGAGCUGCUAUCAAAUCUGCAAAACUAUGAUUUAAGUGUUUGAGAUAUGUCACUGUGCCACCAGUUUGUGUGUGACUUCAUAAUCGUGUCAGAAACACCACAGCUAAAGGAUUGUCUUAACUCCUGAUGUCAGUCUAAUCCAGGACCAGUCCUUCCUUUUUUUUGUUUUGUUUAAAUCCCAUUUUGUUUUUGACAGUUUGCAGGAUAUCUCAAAAACACAUGGGGUUUUUCAGUUAGAUGUAGGCUGUGGCGCUCAGAAGAAAUGGCAACAUUUGAACCAAGUGUAAGAUACAGUUAGAGGAUAAUCUGAGCUUGGCAGAAGUAUGCGCUUUUUGGUCAUUCUGAAGUACUGAAAAUGUUAUUUUUCUAUAACCAUCUCCUAAUCAAAUUAUCCUAAUUACUGUUCUUUGGAAUGAGACCAUUUCCUGUGCUACUUGUUUUAUUUUUCCAUUUGCGGAAAGUUGUUUAUUGUUGAAGCCCUGUGUUGGGUCCAAAGUUCAUACUAUAUUUUGGUGCGAAUUGUGUUGAAAAGGACUUUGUAAGUUUCAGUCUGCACUGGUAUAUAAUAAUAAUCUUUUUUUUUUGUGGUUUCACCUGUGCAAAUGUAAAAAAAAAAUGUAUUCAUCUGGGAAAUGAGUACUUCUUUAAAAAAAAAAAAAAAAAGACUAAAACUAAAGGUAUAUUUAAAAAAAAAAAAAAAAACUGACACUGUAGCCAGUUGACUGUAUUCAUAUUAUAAACAGUACAGCACAGUAAUAUUCUUUAAGAGUUGUGCAAUGACCAGUUUGGUAGAUGCGCCGAAGUUUGAGCACAACUUCUGUCUACUGGUAUUUCAUUUUCAGAAGUGAAUGUAUUACUGUAAUGAUUAACAAACUUGCAUUCAAAUUUCUAAAUCAAAAUAUACAUGUCAAUGCAGAGCUUUAGUCACACUUUGACUGCAUUAAGGCUUUUUCUUUUCAUCAUUGUCUUCUUGAUUAAGGACGUGUAUGCAAUUUUUCUUUAAUGACCAGCAGUGCCUUUAUGGUGGGGGGGAAAACGCCCAAUAGUGCAUGUUUUUCCUCCUCCUCACGUCUUCACGUGUUAGCAUGAAAAUCACAAGAGCAUGAAUUACAUUUGUCUCAUUUAAAAAAGCUUUGGUUUGAAACCUGAUGCAAAAUCAUCCCUGCCCCCGAGUGCUCUGAAAGGUGCUAUGUAUGCUAGCUGACACGCUACCAAAGAUAACUCUCUGGUUACUUCUCCUAAGUGGAUGUGUGAAAGUUCUGUUAAAAAUGUUGUAAAAUGAAAUCCAUGACAAGAGUUUAUUGCCCCAGAAUGACUUUAAAGUAGCAGAUACAAAAUGUACGUUAUGUUUGGCUCUUUAAAAAAAAAAAAAAAAACAUAAUGGUUUUUUUUGUGUGUGUGUGUGUUUGUGUAAAAAAAAAAAAAAAAGUUCUGUCCCCUGUGUAAACUGGCACAGUCACGUUUCCUGUUCAGCUCCUGAGUUGCUUCACGGUCUACCUGCUGAGUUUGCGAUGUUGGUCUGGUCAACAUCAAGGGGGAUCACGUGAAAACAUUCUGAUCUCAAUCUUUGUUACACCUUUAACAUUUUAUCAUUAUUUGAAGACUAGUGCCAGGUCUGUUUUCCAGCUUAGUCAAACGAAGCUCACGCUAAUGGAGAAAGUAUAUAUUUCCUAAUUUUUUACCUUAUGUGCAUGUAAAUGCAUACCCCAAAACAAUAAAAUUAUGUUCUCAAUUGAGCUUGUGUGCCUAUUUUGUCAUGCAGUCAGUGCUUAUGAGCUCCAAGUAAGAGUCUGGCUACAUGUUCACUUUUCUCCAGUUAAAAAAAAAUAAAAAAGGCAUAAAAUAUUUUGCAUCAUUGUGGUUUAUUAUUUACAUUCAAAAAUGUACAUGACAUGCACCUACAUUCCAGGUCACGAUAUUUAGCUUUAUACAUCACAACGGAAACAAAGUAAGGAAAUAAAGUUGGACAAACUAGUUUGUUAGAAAAGAAAUGUAAAAUUUGUGGCACAUUGUGCUUUACGAAGAUUUACAUAGUCAAAUAUGUUCUAGGGUGGACAUGGUGGAAUAAUUGAAAUCAAAUUUAAAUAAGUAUUCAGUACUUUAAAAA